GAGAACUAGAUAUAAGUUGCCAUAAAUACAACUUAACCUGCUGCAAAGUGAAACCCAAGUUAGCCGGUAGCUAGCGUUAGCUGCUUACGUAGCCUGCCGAACAUAAACAGCUCACGAGUUUAGCUUCGUGGCUAACCUUAAUGUUUUCUCUUUGUGUUUUCCACCGUAAAGGCAGGGUUUGAGUCGUGGAUUUAUUUGACGUCGCAAAGGUUUUCUAACUCUAUGACCAGAAUGCAGGGACAAUGAUAAUGACGUCUCUAACAAGGGACUUGGACGGGAAACUACCUGCCAAAAGCUAACUGCAAUUACAAAUCAUCCAUUGGCAACUCCCUGGACUGGCACAGCUGUUGCUAUUUCACCACAUAAUUCAUCAUGUCAUUACCAAAGGAGUCAGGGAACCGUGGUAAAGAUCGAGAGAGGGGGGCCCGUCCAAAGGUGAGACAAAGCCGGUCAGAGGAGAGACGAGAGCCAGGCAGUGGACGGAAAGGUGUAAAGGGGAAGAAGAAAGGCCUUGCUUCCCACGAACUAGCAGCUGAGAGGCCCGUCAGCGAUGGCUUUGAGUAUGGUGAGCUGUUGAGCGACCUAGAGUCCAGGGACCAAUCUUCCUCCUCGCCUCUGAGGGAGAGUUGGAGAUGGCAGGGGUUGGAAGCUGCUUCCUCAUUUCUAGGACAAGAACGGGUCACUUCCAGGCCAGGACUGGGAACAGUCAGCUCUGCUACAGAGAUACCUGCAUCUGGGGAAGGUGAGGGCAGAGGGUCAAGCAGCAGUCGCACUCUCCGGCAAAAAAUCCAAGAUGCAAUGGGGCAGUGUUUCCCAAUAAAGACACACAGUGCGACGGUACCGGCACCAUCUCCACAGGCUCUUUCCUCAACCGCCUGUGCCUCCUCGAAGCGCAAGAUCCAUCUCAGUGAGCUGAUGUUGGACGACUGCCCCUUCCCUGUAGGAUCAGAGCUGGCUCAGAAGUGGUAUCUCAUUAAGCAACACACAGCCCCCAUUACCCAGCCUCCCUUGCUGGAUUCUGCAGUAGUGUGCAUCGCCCCUACUUCAGCCAUGGCUACUGUGGUGGAGGACGUAGAUGACCGGUUGAGAGAGCGCAGGCGCAUCAGCAUCGAACAAGGGGUUGAGCCACCACCCAAUGCAGAGAUCCACACGUUUGAGGUGACAGCCCAAAUUAACCCCCUCUACAAGCAUGGCCCUAAGCUGGCUCAUGGUAUGAAUGAGUUAACGGGGGCUGACAGAGCCUCCGUUAUUCAGCAGCAGCAGCUUCUUCUCCAAAGACAGGAACAGCACCAGCUUCUUCUACAGAGCUGUUUGGACACUCUGGAUGAGGUGGUGGCCUCAGCCUCGGCCUCAGCCUCAGCCUCAGCCUCAGCCUCAGCCUCAGCCUCAGCCUCAUCCUCAUCCUCCGUCCACCCCUGUGACCCCAUCCCCGACCCUGUGGUUGACCCAGAGGUUACAGCGACCAACGUGCCCUCUAGAGCCGCACUUCCUCCGACUGAGGAUGAAAAAUCUCACGACGGCUACCGCAUUCACACUCAGAUUGAUUACAUUCACUGCUUAGUUCCAGACCUGCUGCAGAUCACCAACCUCCCUUGUUACUGGGGCGUGAUGGACCGCUACGAGGCAGAGACUCUGUUGGAGGGAAAGCCUGAAGGCACCUUCCUCCUGCGUGACUCCGCCCAGGAAGACUACCUCUUCUCCGUUAGCUUCCGCCGCUAUGGCCGCUCGCUGCACGCACGCAUUGAACAAUGGAACCACAAUUUCAGCUUUGACGUGCACGACCCCAGUGUCUUCCACGCUCCCACGGUCACGGGAUUGCUGGAACACUACAAGGACCCCAACUCCUGCAUGUUCUUCGAGCCCUUGCUCUCCAACCCCAUCCAUCGCACCCAGCCCUUCACCCUGCAACACAUCUGCCGAGCGGUCAUAAGCAGCUGCACCACCUAUGAUGGCAUAAACAUGCUUCCCAUUCCAAAUGCUCUGAAAAAGCACCUGAAAGAAUACCACUAUAAGCAGAGAGUACGUGUACGGCGAAUGGACACCUGGUGGGAAUGAAGAACAACAAAAAAAAAAAAAGACUAAUAGAAACUACUAAACACAUUUUUUUAACACUCCACGAACUGAACUGAACGAGUCAUCACUCUAUCUGGCUGUGUUAACCUACACUGCAAUAUAGUUAUUUAUUUUACUCCUGCUGUACAUGUCUUAACAAUUGUACUAAACUACACUGAUGAGACAAUAUGUAAUCUCACUGAUCUUGCACACUUAAAGUUCUUUAUGCUCAAAUUAAACAAAGUUAUUUAGAUCUGUGGUGUUCAGAGAACUACCCUCACACAUCCUCUGUGUUUCCAAGUGUGACUAAAUCAGCUUAAUUAUCUAACGAUCGGGAGAAAGUGUCCUAGUGUGAAUUGAGAUGAUUAUAAUAGAGCUGUUCAUCAGUCACGUGCUGAGAAGGUGGAAUACAUACUGACACGGUU